AUGGAUCCCUUGUCAAUCACGACCGCCGUCCUCACGCUCGUCGACGUAGCACUCAAAAUCAAAGGUUCGGUUGAGAGGGUCGGCAAGAAUCGAAAGCAACUUCUCCAUCUCUCAGAAGAUAUACUGCAAACGCUGUACGACUUGCAGGACCUUUGCAGUGCGAGGGAACACGCACUCCGAGGUGCCCCCGAGCUCCAUCAGUCUCUUAAUCGGCUAAGUUCCCAACUUUCCAACGUUCACGCGCGCUGCGAGAAGACGUUCAGCGUGCCAUCUCAUAGCGCCCUUGCAAAAGUAAAGUUUGGCUUGAAGCAGUGGUUGAAGGCGGAUGACGUGGAGGAUGAUAUUGCUCGCCUGAAGGAGCAAGUUCAGUCGUGUUUGCUUCGAUUUACGGUUGUCAUUUCAGCCCGCACGGAGUUACUGUCAACGCAGACGGCACUCGCUUCGGCUCGUAUUGAGCACACGGUGCUCGUUCUGAAGGUGCAACAAAGGGCGAAUAUCAAUCAGUUCGAUAGGCUCUACGGACAAGGGUUUCUAGGGCCCGACCGAGCCAAAGUUCCUCAGCCAGCUUUAUUCCACAAUAUAGAUCGAGAGUAUCUUCAUAUGAAGAUGUGCACCAUCAUCGAAAGUUUUGAAGCUCACGAUUUCCUCCAAGUAGCGGAUACACGUAUUCCUGGCGAUGUAAAUUUAUCGUCCACUUACCCGGCCCCGCUGGGUGUCUUCAAGUCUUUGAAGACUUUCAAGGGAACGAUAGCGAAAGCUUGGGAAGUGACGCAGCUACUCGAAGGCCGCUUGGAGCUCUUAGGAGCCCUGGAAUGCGCCUUGUCGAUGCUGUGGCUUGGAUGCGAGCUUCACGCUCUGGGACUGAUGGAAGACGCUGUUCUCAACGACAGCUGCGUCGUCCAGCUUUUACGCACCCUCAGUUUGACCUCUGGUGGCCACCGCUUCCUCCCGUACCUCGGAUACGCGCUCACGGAUUUAAACUGGACUAUGGGAGACGACGUGGAGGGUGCUCUUAUUAUCUGCAAGGAGGCCGUCGAUGCUUUCCGUUCUCUCCAGGAUCCCGGGGUUCAUCACCCGCUCAAUUAUGUAUACGCUUUGCGUUCGCUAGGAGCAAGAUACCUCGAAGCCGGACAGCCGUUAGAAGCCCUAUCAACUCUCCAGGACGCCCUCCAGGUGGUCAGGAGCACUGAUCGGGCCUCCAUAGAUGAGUCCGACGAUGCGACUUCGUAUAGUAUACCAUGGGAGGCGUUAGGGCAAGCUAAAUCCAUCGACGACGUCAAAGCGCAAGCGAAUUUAGCUGCCCCGCCUGGGGACUUCAUUAUGAUCCAACACGAGAGCCUGAUACUGUUUGGGAUGGCGAAUGCGUUGCGAAGUCUGGGCAAGCGCUCUGAGGCCUUUUCUGUUGGCAGGGAUGCGAUCGACGUCAUGGAGCCGCUGCAAAGCACUACCGAAGGCAAACCUGCCUACGUCCACUCACUCUGCGAAUUGGCUUGCGAACUCCAAGGCAUCGUCGUCUUCGUCGACGCCAAAAGCAUCUUUCGCGAGCCCAUGCCUCCCAUUGUCGUAGGCAACGAUGUCACCCUCAGCACCGAUCGUACAAUGAAAUACGUUGGCCAGAAUGAAGAAUGA